AUGAGCACGGCGCGCUACACCCCCCUCUCGCAAGGCGGGGUCUCGACCUCAUCGCCGCUGCGCCGUUUCUCCCGCCGGCAGGUACUCUAUAUCCUGCUCUCCCUGCUCUCCUUGUCCUUCCUCCUGGGUUUGGGAGGGUACACAACCUCAGUACACAAGCGUGUCUCCCCCGCCAAAGCCAAAGCGUGGUUCAAAGCCAACGUCGUCGGCAGUGCCUACUAUCCCUCCUGGCUACCCCAGCUGAACCCCAGCACCUCCGACAACAUGCUGAAAGCCCUAACGACGAUUCCGGGCGGAUGGGCAGCGUACGACAAGAACGAGAACGACAACUAUCGCUGGGUCACGGAGGCGAAACUCCGCCAGCUUACUGCUUGUCUUGCCCGUGGCGACUGCCCGGAAAAUGCGGACAAGAUAGUCGUUCUGGGAGGAUGGCACUGCCAGUGGGCCCUGCAUGAUGAUUACCAUGGCGGAGAGGGCGUGUGGUGCCUUGGCCUCUAUCGGAGUUUGGAGAGGCAGGGAUUCACCGUGCUCCAGGGAGGGGAUAAUGAUUAUGGUGAGUUGUGCGAGAGCGAGCGCAGCGAGCAGGGGGUAGCGAGGGAAGAGCAGCGGCGAGCGUGCAAGCUUGCAUGCUUGCAGCGAGCCGCCAGCGCGAGUUCGUGGUGGCAGUCUGUCACCAAGCGACCAGUCACCAGUCACCCAGGGCGAGACAGCGCCCCUGCUCGACGCUCAUCCCCCUUACUCCGCCCUUCUCGACCUCUCCGACCUCUCAAUUGCACCAGCUACGUCGCACGUCGACCCCAGCUGACACUCGCAGAAUACGUUUACCACCUCUAUCGCCAGUUUGGGGACUAUAUCCGGAUAGUGCUCGGAGAGCCCGGCGACGAGAAGCACAAGGGGACGCUGGAGCAGUAUCAGAAGACAAAGGAGCGCCCGGACGGCAUUCCGGCGUGGAAGUUCUUCUGGAACUCGUAUUAUCCCAACGGUCUAUCGACGCACGUCGGGCGCGCGUGGGUCGUAACUGCCGAGCCGCGGAUCACGCGCGAGCACCAAGUGACAAUUACGGAGGAGGACGGCAUCGCGUGGAUCGAAGACGGCGAGGAGCCCUUCCACGUGCACGCCUCCGAGGACGCGACCUUCACCUACCUGGGCUACGGGAUGAAGCCCGAUAUCAGCGACACGGUGGUUGUGCCGUGGUCGCAGCGCCCGAACCGCGUGUACCUGUUGGCCAAGUACGCGCGCUACUUCCAGAACGGGCACCAGGCGUGUAUCGACCUGAGCUUCUUUGAGCGCGCGACUGAGGAGUUGCGCAAGGAGUUUCCCGACUUUGAAUUCGUCGGCGGGUUCACGGACGAGCGCAACGAGGAGGACCGGAAGAAGUUUGACGUCCCCACCUCUGUUCGGAAUCUCGGCAAGCUGAAUGCGACCCAGUUCGACCACGAGUUUGGCCAGGCAAAGCUCCUCCUCGGCAUGGGCUCGCCCACACUUUCUCCAUCACCGUAUCGUGCUCUGGCUAGGGGCGUGCCCUUCUUCAACCCGCACCAGAAGCGGGAAGAUGGCCAGCCCGGCUUCGGGUUCACGCAGCACGACUCGCUCGCGCCCGUCCCCGAACCUUAUGUUUACAACGUCGAGGCGUUCAACUAUGAGGAAUUCGUGGGCGCGAUUCGGCGCGCGUUGACCACGCCCAUCCCGCCCACGAGGUGGAGGCGGAUGGCGCACGAUGUCGUCGACGAGCGGCUUAGGGACUGGGUCCUGCACGAUUGGAGGGGGGAGGCGGAGCAGAUUCUGAACGAUCGCAAGGCGGGCAUUGACACGCAGCAUCAUGAGGAGGCGGGCGACUUUGUGCUCUGA